AUGGCACAGGGCCAAUUUACCUGCCGCUGGGCAGCGCUCUCCCUCUCCAACAUCGCCUCUGUCUUUCUACCAGACUUGCUCCUCCCCCGGGAAUCUUCCACGUCCAUCAAACAUGAGCUUGUCUCAGUCAGUACGACCAGGAGUGCUUCUCGUGCAGCCGACUGGUUGAGAAAACACAAAAUACCUGAUGCCGAGUCCGUCUCUAUCUACUAUUCCUGGGAAGAAAUGCUCGAAAAGGGAAAUUUCGACAUCGUUUACAUCUCCACACCACAUCCCUUGCACUAUGCCCACGUGCAAAAAGCCCUACGAUGCAAACGCAAUGUGCUCGUAGAGAAACCCGCAACAAUGAACCGCGCACAAUUCAUUCAACUGUGUCAGCUAGCAAAAGAACGGGGUGUUGUGCUCAUGGAAGCAAUGUGGACGCGCUAUAUCCCUGCUACGCUCUACUUCCAACAUGAACUACUUCCGCGCAUCGGCGAGGUGAAACGCGUAUACGCCGAAUUCAGUCUUCCGAUCAUAUCACCAGAUUUAAGUCUGGAAAGUCGGUUUCUCGAUAAGGCGGUUGGAGCGGGAAGUUUGUUGGAUCAAGGCGUAUAUGCACUGACGUGGGCGGAUCUCGCGCUGAAUGGCCUUCCAUCCAGUCAAGACAGGACACAGACCAGAGUUGUACAUGCUCAUUCCAUACCUGUCCCUAAUGUUCAGGGGGAGGUGGAUGAUAUUAACACUGUGAUACUUGCCAAAUUACAGAAUAAUGAACGCGGCAGCAAGCGAUCUGAGGCGGUCGCUAUAGUCACCAUGAGCAUGACUCUUUCUGGAUCCAGCAAAAUACCUUUCUAUCAACGGUUACAGGCCAAAAAGGCAGCACCUGCUGUACGUAUCGAAGCCACGAAAGCGUCAGUAUCGAUUCCUUUCCCUCCUAUCAGACCUCAGGAGCUACACGUUCAGUGGUAUGGCGAGGAGCAUUUGAAUGAAAAUGGUGUGGAGACCGAGGAGGUGGUUAAAAUGCCUGUGGAGAGGGGUUGGGGCCUCUGGUAUCAGGCUGAUAUUAUCGCGGAGAAAGUGGCAAGCAGAAAGGGUGAUUCUCAGGGCAUGGGUGAGGUUAUUGGCGAGGAGGAGAGUGAGAGGGUGUUGGGAUGGAUGGACCGUGCUAGAGAGAUGGCCGGCAUUGUGUACAAGGCAACGCUUGAGGAAGUGUGA